UCUUCGAGAGUUCUAAAGAGCGUAAAGUUAGUGAAUACAUAUCGGUGUAAAUAUAGCUAUGCGUUCACACAAUCCAAUGAAUCGCUGACUCCGACAACAAUCGGACAAUUGUUGGAGAAGAGAGCCGUAGACUCGGCCGACACUAUGGCCUGCUUUUCGAUGCAUCAAAAUAUUAGCAAAACUUAUAGACAAUUGAAUGAAGACGCUAAUAAAUUGGCGAAAGGUUUGCAAAGUAUUGGUUGUACUAAAGGGACUCGAGUGGGCAUUUGGUCUCCCAAUUGCUACGAAUGGGUUGUCACACAAUACGCCACCGCAAAGAUCGGGGCCAUUAUGGUAAACGUUAACCCCGGAUAUCAGGCCAUGGAAAUGGAUUAUUGUCUCAAUUUAGUCGGUUGUCAUACAUUGAUAUGUAAUCAACGCUUUAAGGGGACUAACAAUUGUGAUAUAUUAGAGAGUUUGGAACCUAAUAUCUUAACUAAAGCCGAUGAAUAUCGAGUUAAAAGUUGCACUAAAAUCCCAACUCUUGAGAAUAUUCUUGUGAUGAAUAGCACGGAUGGAGAGGAAUACGCGCCGAAGAAUAUGAUUAGAUUUAAUGAGUUUAUCACUAGUUUUGACGGCAAUAAUAAUGUGAACACAUCUUUUGAUUUUGACGAAUCCAUUAAUAUUCAGUUCACUUCCGGCACAACCGGUGCCCCGAAAGGCGCGACUCUAACACAUCAUAAUAUCAUGCAAAAUGCAUAUUUUGCUGGAAAAAGAGCUCUCGAAGGUCUAACUGAUAAGAUUCUGUGUAUAUCUCCACCACUCUAUCACUGUUUUGGAUCAGUGGUCGGCGGAGUCGUAGCCGCUGUUCAUAAGGGGACUUUAGUACUGCCCUCACCCGUACACAAUGCCACCGAGACUCUUAAGGCUAUUGACAAAUACAAAUGUGAUGUGGUUUACGGCACUCCCACUAUGUUUAUCGAUCUGUUGAAUUCAAAUCCUCAGGACUAUAACACCAGUUCAUUAAAACGAGGUUUUAUGACUGGGAGUCCCUGUCCUAAGCCCUUAUUGGAAGCCUUUAUAAAAGCCUUUCCCUCGUGUGAACACAUUCUGAUACCUUACGGGACGACUGAAUGCAGUCCUGUUAUAACAUUCACAUCAAUACACGACUCAGAGAAGCAUCGGUUUGAAUCGGUUGGACGACCCUUAGAGCACUUGGAGGCAAAAAUAAUGAACACAACUACCGGUGAGAUCUGUCCUAUCGGUGAAGCGGGAGAGGUGUGCACUCGAGGACACAAUCUGUUCGCCGGGUAUUGGAAUCAAAAGGACAAAACAGAUGAAGUGAUCGACAAGAAUAGAUGGUAUCACACGGGAGACAUCGGAAUAAUGGAUGAAUUGGGAUAUAUUUCAAUUAGUGGCCGAUUAAAGGAUAUGAUAAUAAGGGGCGGAGAAAAUAUAUAUCCCCGAGAAAUAGAGGACUUUAUUAUUAAACACGAAGAUGUGGUAGAUAUUCAGGUUGUGGGAAUUCCUGACGAGAGAAUGGGAGAAGAUUUGGUGGCAUUUGUUAUAAAGAAAACUAACAGUACUUUAGAUAAAGAUUCGUUAAGAAGUUAUUGUAAGGGAAAGAUAAGUCAUUUUAAAAUACCAAAAAAUAUUGAAUUUGUGGACGACUUUCCCCGAACUGUGACCGGAAAGAUCGAGAAAUACAAACUCAAACAAAUGGCUCAACAAUUAUACGCUAAAUGA